UCGCAGUACACUGUCUCCGCGUCUGUAGUGUGCCAGACCGUUCGAUCUUUGCCCCGUAGGAUAAAUAAGAAAUAUUCGUACGAGUCAAUCGGCGAUAUCGAGGCGAAAAAUCGACCACGUUGGAUCUCACCCUCCUCCGGAUCGGAACAACGUCCGACCCUCCCGAGUCUCCGGUAUUCACGUAUCACCCAUUACGAGAGGACGCCCCCGGCUUCGCGCCGAUCAAGAGAGGAACAAGAUGAGACUUUGCGUCAUCGCAGUGCUGGCCCUCGGUCUCGUGGCGGUGUGCAGGUGUGCCGACGAGGAGUACGAAUACGACGACGAUCCCGCCCCCGUUCCGGCAGCACCGGUGACUCCUGCUCCUCCGAAACACACCGGUCGAUCGUCUCUUUUGUCCCCGAGAGCUCGCAGCCCGAUCGGAAGAAAGCCGGCCCUGACAACUUCCACCACCGAGAAGCCCGUCGAACAAGUGAUCGAUGAAGACGAGGACGGCGAGGAACUGGGGGAUGAAAAUAUCGAGCAAGAAGAAGUUGUGACAACGACGGAACCACCGAAAAAAAUUCGGGCGGGAAUCGUCAGGCCGUUCAGAUCGAACGAGGAUCUCCUCGCCGUCCUGAAGCGGAGACGCGCUCAAGCCGGAAGUAACAAUAGCAUCCGAGAGUCUCACAGGACGGAAUCGGCCGAACCGGUUACAGCGAAGCCGAAAUCGAUUUCGUCGAACAACAGCCGUAGUCGGACUGGUCAGCAGGCGUCGGCGUCCACCGAUAAUCAGACGUCGUCGAGGUCAAAUCGGGGCCGAUUCGGCGCAGGAAGAGUCGCCGCGAAGCCGGUCCAAGAGGAAAUUGAGGAAGAAACUCAACAGGAAGUGGUUCAAGUUAAGCCGAAGUCAUUCCGCAGGGGCUAAAUGAAGGACCGCGCGAAAACGAAAAACCAUCCACAUUUCACCGUUUUCGAUUCAAUAACCGAUCACAAUGACAAAGUAAUAAAAGAAAAAAUUUCAACGAUCAACCGCGCGCAGAUUGAGCCUGAUUUUUUCUCAUUAUUGAAAUAUUCGCGAUCACUUACUUGGAAAAAGUCUCAAUAAUAAGAACCAAGUAACGUCGAAAAUCAUAAGCUACCUGCACGUCAAGUACGCGCAUACCUAAACAACUAUUUCCACUUUUCGUUUCAAUGUAAAAAUGUAACGUACGAACGAUUAUCUGUUAAUUACUGAAACAGGAUUAAAUUUUGACUGAUCCCUGAUGAUAACUGGAAAUCAUCGGGAGCGAAAAAUAAAAAAAACAAAAACAAAUUAAAGCAAAAGGAGAAUUUGCCAUACACAUUUCGAGUGAACGCCGCUCGACACCAUCAUGUACAUGUACAUAUAGAAGACUACUAUUACCCAUACCUUCGUAUUCUCUGAUUACCAUAAAAUAAUGUAUAGAUGUAAAUUAAUGAAAAUAAAAAGUAGAAAAGCA